UGUAUUAUUCUCUCCUCCAUAGUCUUUUUUCCCUGAUCUAAUAAAAAAACACAGGAGACGAUAGAAUUUAUUUUUUGUUAAGCUGAAAAAAUGAGUAUGUUGAAAUCUAGAGAUAGGGAGAUAAAAUUGUUUGGGAGGACAAUUACAUCUCUUUCAGCUGUGAAUCAUUAUGAUAUGAGCAAGGAGGCUUCUCCACCUUCCUCAUCUUCUUGUUCUCCUGUGACUGGACCAAACAUGGUUUUAGCUAAUAACCAUGAGCAAGACAGCAGCAGAUUCAAAGGUCCUUGCAUAUUGUCCGAUCUUAACGAACCGCCAAGAGCAGCCUCUGAGAUUUCAUCACCAAGAAGCUCAAAGACCAAUGGAGAUCAACAGAGCGAGAUCACAACAACAACAACAACAAGUACAUCAGAAGAUAAACCAACUACUCUCACGAAACCGGACAAGAUUCUUCCGUGUCCGAGAUGCGAAAGCGCGAACACCAAGUUCUGUUACUACAACAACUACAACGUUAGCCAGCCGCGUUACUUCUGUAGGAACUGUCAGAGGUACUGGACAGCUGGUGGAUCCAUGAGAAACGUCCCCGUUGGCUCAGGACGCCGCAAGAACAAAGGAUGGGCUUCUUCAAACCAUUACUUGCAGGUCACGUCGUCUGAGGAUCAUGAGAACAACAAUAACUCGGGAACGAUCCUCAGUUUCGGUUCUUCGGAAUCUUCGGUUACAGACACUGGUAAACACCAAGAAAACAAAACCCACCAGGGGUUUCUUCCUCCGCAAGUAAUGUUACCUAAUAAUACUUCUCCUUGGCCUUACCAAUGGAGUCCAACGGGUCCUAAUACUAGUUUCUACCCUAUCCCUUUCUAUUGGGGCUGCACGGUUCCUAUAUGGCCUACCUCAGAGACUUCACCAUGUUUAGGAAAACGAUCAAGGGAUCAAACUGAAGGUGACACCAAAGAUACUAUUCUUAGAACUAGCGAAGCUACAAAGAACGUGGUGUGGCCUAAGUUACCGACAAAGCCUGAGAAGAAAGGACUCAGUUUGUUCAAUGGAUUUGAAACAAAGGGUAGCAACAGAAGAAGCUUGGUUCCUGAACCGUCUAUCAAUCUACAAGCAAACCCUGCAGCGAUGUGUAGAUCUAUGAACUUCAGGGAGAGCAUGCAACAAUAAUCAAACACUGAUAUAGUGUAUAUAUACAAGUUUAUAUAUGAAGUUAGAUAUUUGAAUAACCUAAUUGUUACCUUGUGAAAGAAGGAAAGGCAGUGAAGCUAUUUUGUUGUUGGAACUAUGUAUUAUUUUGUACACAAAUAGAAAUAUUUUUGGGAGUUGUAGA